AUGGAGAAUGAAAUAAAUUAUUGGGGAGUACCAGAUUCACCAAUUGAUUGGUGCGAAGAGAAUUAUAUUAUAUCAAAAUAUAUAUGUGAAUUUUAUAAUACAUUUUCAAGUUUUAUAAUAACAGCAUUUGGAGUUUAUGGUAUAUUUUUAAUGAUGUCAGCAUCGUCAAGAGAUCAAGCACUUUUUCAACAUGUAAAGAUCAUGAAAGAGUUAAAGAUUCGACAAAAGGUAUUAUUUUCAUAUUUAUCAUUAGCAAUCGUUGGUGUUGGUAGCGCAUUUUAUCAUGCAACACUUUUAUAUAAGAAUCAAUUAUUCGAUGAAUUUCCAAUGAUGUUAACUGCAUCGAUGUUUGUAUAUUGCAUUCUAACCAUCGAUCCCGUGGACGAAAAGAAUGAUACCGCAACCUAUAAAUUAAUGCGUCGUUUCUUGCCAUACAUUCUAUCACUAUACGUCAUUGUGGUGGCAAUUACAAUCACAAUUAUUCGCGACUCACCAAUCAUUUUACAAUCGUCAUUUGGUUUAUUAAUAUUUUCAAAUGUGUUCCUAUCGUAUAUGUAUACUUCACGUUGUUUGAAAACACCUGUAAUGGAAUCAAAUCCAAAGAAAUUCUUAUACCUUUGUAUAGCUUCAAUGGGUAUCGCUUACAUUUCUUGGUUAACUGAAAGAAAACUUUGUAACAAUGGUUACGUUAUCCCUGGUGUACAAUUACAUGCUGUUUGGCACGCUCUCACUGGUUUGGCUGGUUUCUAUUAUAUUCAAUUCUUUAUAACUUCUUGUUUAGAAAAACAUGGUUAUAAAACUAAAUUAAAUUGGAAUUAUGGUAUUGCCUCUGUUCGUGGUUUUAUUAAAUCUUAUUAA